AUGUCGAAAUACGCGUCAUUGCCCGAUCUGGAUACAGCACCAGACGUCUACGAGACGCCCGAUGUCGCCGACAACUACGAGGCGGAACCAGCAUCUCCCCCUAACGAGAACAUUGACACAUCGAGCACCAACACCGCUGAAGCCGCCAGAAAAUUCGCAGGUUCUGAUUUCGACAACUCACUAACUAAUUACUCGAGUCGUAUUGACCGGCAACAGGUGUCGUUUUCCAGCGGAGUGGCCGGCGAGACACGCGACGAGAAGUUGGCACGCAUCAAACUGGAGCUCCAGGAGCUCGCUGAGUCAGCAGUAAAUGACAAGGAAGACGUCGACACUCUUCACGUGUUGCUGGAGGGACUUGAGGUUAAGAGGAAGGAGUUGCCUCUAUUGGAGGUGAAGGGUGAUGUAAGCAGUUCGAGGACAAGUGCAUCUACUGACACAUCACGUCAUGUGGCCACCUCCAGUCAUACCCUCUCCAAAUUGGUCAGUUUGGAGAGCCGUCUCUCAGCCGUGGAAUCUUCUCUCUACGACCCAAACAGUCCUGAAUCGACGUCCGUGCCUCUAGCUCCGGCCAUUCGAGACCUCAUGCUCAAAUUGUCGCUUCUCACGUCUUCUCCACAGACUCUGCAAGCUCAGCAGACGCGAAUUCAAAAUGUGAAGAAAGGAGGAAAUGUGAGAGUCGAGUCACGUGCCGAAUCACGGGGAGGGGAGUCACGUCUGGAGUCACGUGUCGAGAGCCGCAUGGAGAGCCGCAUGGAGUCCCACGACGACUCUCAUCCGGGUUUGCAAAACGUCGACAUUGUCUAUUCCCAUUUGUCCACUAUCACCUAUCUGAGUCACGUGGUUCCAAGGCUUGUUUUGAGACUGAAGACGCUGCGACAAGUGCAUAAUCUGGCUUCUCAGUCGGUGGGAACUCUAGCUACUGUAAAUCAGCAGAUUCAGGAGUUGGAGGGGGCGGUGAAAAAGUGGACAGAGGUGUUGGAGAGGGUGGAGCAACAAAUCAGCAGCGAGCGUUAG